AUGUCGCGCGUCCUUGCCAUCGAGGCCUGGCUCCACGACGUCGUUCUCAGCCCUCCCUCAGCCGGCUGCAUCAGCCCGCGACGACGCGCCCGCUCUACCGUACCCUCGAGCCCGCCCGUGAAACGCCGUCGCCCGCUGGAACCGCUUGCCGCCAACACCGCCGUCCCAAUGCCUCGGCCACCCUCACCGACAAAGCCUUCGGCUGAUACCGACCGGACACCGCGCGCGGCCCGCCGAUCGCCGCGCAAGGCUGCCCGCAAUACCAGUCGCGAGUCAGCCCCUCCGCCCCUCUCGCUCGAUUUCUUCGACAACACGGCCUACGCCUCGGCUCUAGCCGCGCCUCCGAAGCACUUCCUACAUUCGGAAUCUCUAUCACGCGAGAGCUCAUCAGUUGCAGGCUCGUCAGCGCGGUCCAAACGCUCAGUGAGUCCCGUUAAGGGCAUCGCCGAUCUGACGUUUGAGAACGGCUUUCGCUACAUUCCCGCAGACGAGGCCGACGACAUCGAGUUAGGCGACGAUAUCGACGCUUUGUGUUCGCGACUAGCCGACAUCGAGCAGGGUGACGGAGUCGUACCUGACAGAGUCCGCCCGCACAUUCAGACUUUGCCGCGACGCGUCCGCGAGCGCUUCCGCGAACGCAACUACGCUCCGGCCGCCCAGGAUGCCCGCUCCGAGCUCUACCUAGUCCGCGAGUUCCUCGACAUCCUCGAGCUGCAUCGUGAUUCGGCGCGUCACAAUGGCUCGGCGCACUCAGAGGCUGCAUGGAACGAUGCAGUACACAGCGUAGUUCUUAGGCUUGCACUGCGCGAAACUGAUGGGAUCAUAUGGAGUAACGUGUACUGCCAACCCUCCUUAUCUAUUAACGACGCGGGCUAA